AUGGAAGAAAGCAAGGGAAGAAAACCGGAUUUGGGGCCGAGCGAAACUGAAGAGAGAACUAAUCGGAGACACGAAAGAGAUCCAAGAUCCUGGGGAGAGAAGAGGGAGAACGAAGACUCCGGUUUAAGAAUAAACGAAGCGGGUCAGGUUCGUGAAUCAGACGCAGACAUAGCAGGUAAUCUGCAGCAGAAGAGACUGGGAGGUGGUGAGAUGCAGAGGAGAAGCAAUGAAACAGGGUCGAGUCAAUAUCCAGUUCGUCCCGGUGUAGCAGAUUGUCGACAUUAUGCAAAAAAUGGUCUCUGUAGCUAUGGAAGCAAAUGCCAUUUCAAUCAUCCUCCUCAUCUUUCACCGGCGAGAGCUAUUCCAGAUUCUCAAGAGCGUGAUCCAAGAGAAUUUUUCCAAUAUGUAACUGAUGAUACAGCGGUCGAUUACAAGCGAGUGGGUAUUGAACAUGAAGGAGAGAUUCUUCUUGGGUGGCAGAGGAUGGAAGCUGAAGAUAUUGUGCAGGAACAGAGACAAGCUCAAGAGAUUGUGCAGGAACAGAGACAAGCUCAAUUUAAUGUGCAGAGAGAGGUUGAAGAAAGUGUAGAGGAACGAAUAAUGAGGGAGAAUGUAGAGAAAGAGAGACAGAUAGAAAUUCAGAGAAAGAAGAAGGAGGAACGUUUGAAACUUGAUCAGAUCGAAGAAACUGCUAAAUCAAAUAUAUGGAAUAGAAUGCAAAUAAUCGGUGUUAGAGACCCUGCAGGAACGGAGAGUAAAGAGAAAAAGCCAGCGAGAGAUAUUGAAAGCGAGAGGAGGGAGUCUCGUUUGAAGCUUGAGCAGAUGAAACCCACAGUUCAAUUCAACGAAGGGGAUCGAGUCAGAGAUGUAUUAACGGAACUCGGGUUUGAGAGAAAAGAGGGCGAUGGGUUUUAA